AUGUCUUCUCCUCAGCGCUCAUCCAUUAUACCUCUUCUGAAUGUGCAUGGAGUUCUGGAAGCAUUCUCUGUUCAUACGAAUCCCUCAAAGAGAGAGAUUUUGCUCGAUGAUGGAUGUCAUGCUCUAAUCAUUCACGCCGACGGCUCAGUACGGCUCAGCUCGUCUCUUGCAAGCGCCAAUGCCACGAUCUAUCCCAUAUCUAACAACAUAAACACAUUCUUUUCGUUCUCAAGACAGACCGGACUGCUGCGCUAUAAUGACAAAGACCUUGUACUGACAUCAUCGGAUCCCCUUCUUAACGCGUCGGCAGCACGUCUUUCUCUAAAGAUUGUUUCUCAGUACGUGACUCAUCAACCCUUUGUGCGAUUGCUGCAGGAGAAUAGCAUAGAGCAUCUCCAUGUUAUUGUUGGGCACACUCACGCCAGUUUGUUUACUGCCAUGCUAGCAAAGGAAGAUACCAGGAUAAAGGCUGUGCACCGCUUUUCAGAUUUUGACGAGAGGCUCCUGAAGGUUGUGCCCCUUCUCCACGAGCAUCAAGGAAAAACUGAUCUUAGGCUCUGGGCUCUAUUCGAAACAGGUAAGCUGUGCAUAUAUAACAUUGACCUAUCUGUGCCAGAGAUACUGGACAUGGUUGUUAUAGACAGAUUAAAAGUUGAGGGAAUAAAGGACAUAUAUUGCAAUCCAUAUACGCUGGAGAUUCUUCUUCGAUCCAGGUCAGAUGUCCUAUAUUACUUGCUGCUCAAAGAGCCUUAUACUCAUGUGGAGCUAACCAAGCUUCACCCUGACGAGCGUGUCAUCAUGGGUCCGUCGAGGACCCCAGCUGAGACGACGUUCUUCAUCAUCAGAUCCCGUGACAAAGGCCUGCAAACACAAGUCCAGUGGAUGGCCCUCUCUCACAGUUCAGCCACGUGUGUCACUGUAGCAGAGACUAUCUACCCAAAGGUUCUUCCUCAUCUCUACUCUUUAGAUCCACAGAUAUCUAUGCAUUUCCAUGAUGCAGCUUGUCUUGCCGUGCAUGAGAAUGGCGAUAUUGACCUUCUAUUUUCAUCAUCGCCUCCCAUGUCAAAUAAAAGCCUAUCUUCGAAGAUAUCUUCACUAACGAAGGAAGUUGCUGGCCUAGAGAGAGAAAUAGCAAAUAUGCAAGCCCGCUUAAAGAUGAACAAUGCAUCUCCAGCGCCAUCUCCCCGUCACACGUCGUCGUGGGCGAACACUCCCUUGGCAAGCAUUGAGCUGGACGUUAAGAAGCACUUCAAUCAGGCGCAUAACCUGCAAACAAUUACUCUUUCUUUGAAAGCCGUGUGCAGGAUGAUACUUAUUCAAAUACCACCAUCGCUCAAAUUAGCGACUGCAGAAAAUGGGCUUUCUACGGAGCUGGGGCUGCUUGUCUUUCUUAACACAUCCACCUGUGAGUUUUCAUUGGUGCGAUCGCAAAAGUAUCUGCCCUUUAAGCAGCUAGCUGUCUCGGUAGCUUUUUUCCCCUCUGGCCCUGGCUCUGAUUCAUUGUUCGAGCCGUCUCCCAUCUACCUCAGCAAUCUCAUCAUAGAUGGAUUCGAGCAGAUUAUCUCUCCCCCGCCAACAGAUGAUGACACCGGUGGGCCAUACGCUGUUUGUGCAAGCGUUCCAUGUACAACAGUGACCAACACCAAAAUAUACAAUACUGCAGAUAAGAACACAAGGCUCUACGUAGCCGACGACUUAACGUUGCAGGCACGUCCUGUGCAAGACGGUGAACUACAACUAAGUGGGGAUUCACUGCAUUUGAUAAUUCAGGGUAUAGCGUCUGCAACUGACCAGCAGUAUAGUCCUGCACUUCUGCGAAACACUGACUAUUGCAAAUCCUUACAUCUGGAGGAGACCAUUCUGCGAUCAAUUAGGCUAAAAAGCCUGGCAAGUCUUAUGAUGUCGAUGGACUACUAUAGCUAUAUCUCUCUCGUGAGGGAUUUAAGAUUGGGGACAGACCCUGCGUUGGCACAAUACUCUGAUCUUCUGUCGGUGUCAUCUAGAGGAUUAAAUGCUGUACAUGUGGCGUUGGUAGGGGCCUCUACAAGAAUGGAAGAAAGUGUCGAGCUAGCACUUAUAUGUGCACGAACAAAUAACCUAGUUACGUAA